GCGCCUCACGCUCAGAGAGAGAGAGCGCGCAAUAGAGCGCUUGAGGCGGUGGUUAGUUUCUUGAGGGUUCCUCUGUUUUGGACGCUGGCAAGGAACCGUUUGAAAGCCCCCUCUUUAUUUUCCUCUCAGAGCCCCACGUUUGAGGAGGGGCGGGUGGGUUUGGAGGCCGGACGCUUCUUCCCAGAAAACAAGCAACUUGAAGGCACACAAAUAUAGAAGAAAUACUCCCAAACCAAAUGGAAGUCACUUUAAUUUGGAGGAAGGUCUUCUGAAAUGUCUUCAUUUGCAAUAGGUCUUGUGUACAGUGAGAUUUCAUCCAAGAUGACUUCUGAAUGCCGCUUGCAGAAGCAGUUACCAGUUUGGAGAAAACGCUGGUACCAGCUAUUGACAAUGUCAGCGGAAGGCCCUGACUCUCAUAUUAUGGAGGUGAAACCAUUAGUGGACAGAGAAGAGGCGAUCACACGUCUCCUGCCUGAUGUUAAUGUGCAGGAACAAGAUGUUGAGACAGUACAUGGCUCUGUUCAUGUAACCAUGUGUGGAACCCCACGAGGAAAUAGGCCUGCCAUCCUGACAUACCAUGAUAUUGGACUGAACCACAAAACUUGCUUCAAUCCCCUCUUCAAUUAUGAGGAUAUGCAGGAAAUCACCCAACAUUUUGCAGUCUGCCAUGUGGAUGCCCCUGGGCAGCAAGAUGGAGCAGCCUCUUUUCCACCGGGGUACAUGUACCCUUCUAUGGAUCAACUGGCUGAAAUGCUUCCUGGAAUUUUAAAACAGUUUGGACUGAAAAGUGUGAUUGGAAUGGGAACUGGAGCUGGUGCCUACAUCUUAACCAGAUUUGCUCUUAAUUAUCCUGAUAUGGUGGAAGGACUUGUGCUUAUUAAUGUCAACCCAUGUGCUGAGGGAUGGAUGGACUGGGCAGCAACCAAGAUUUCUGGAUGGGCUCAUGCUCUACCAGACAUGGUCAUUUCACAUCUUUUUAGCAAGGAAGACAUUCAUGAUAGUCACGAUUUGAUCAACACUUACCGCCAGCACAUCAUCAAUGACAUGAAUCAAAACAAUCUGCAUCUCUUUGUCAACUCUUACAACAGCCGAAGAGACCUAGACAUUGAGCGUCCUAUGCCUGGAACAACUGUUGUUACUCUACAGUGCCCUGCUCUCUUGGUGGUUGGAGACAGCUCUCCUGCAGUUGAUGCUGUGGUUGACUGCAAUGCUAAACUUGACCCAACAAAGACAACACUCUUAAAGAUGGCUGACUGUGGUGGUCUUCCUCAAAUUUCUCAGCCUGCAAAACUUGCUGAAGCUUUCAAAUACUUUAUCCAAGGAAUGGGAUACAUGCCUUCUGCAAGCAUGACCAGAUUAAUGAGAUCUCGCACAGCAUCUGGUUCCAGCGUCUCUUCCCUUGAAGGUGGCAGGAACAGAUCCCAUACUGGGGAAGGAUCCCGGAGCAGAUCUCACACUGGAGAGGGUGUCCGGAGUCGUUCUCACACAGACACCCACAUUGAGCUCACUCCUAAUUCCGCAAACAAGCAACCAAGCCCCAAGUCAAUGGAAGUUUCCUGUUAAAUGGGCAUGAGUUGGAAGCAAGAUGUGACAGCCACCCACAGUGUAUCAUAAUAUUUAACCUAAAGUGUUUUCUGUAACACAUGGCUUUCUCCUCCACCCAGAAUUCAACAGGGACCAAUAAAGCAGACAUCUCCAUGGCUCUGUUCCCCUAACAGAGAUCGCUGCAGUUUUUUUCCUCCAACUAAUUCUAGAUUGCUUUAAAACAUGUCCAGAGGUAAAGCUAACAACAUUUGUAAACAAAAUAGACACCUAAACUGCCUGAGGUCUGCUAAGAAACAAAAAUUUUGAAGCAGAUAGUUCACCUCCUUCUCUUAUUUUACAGUUCAUUAAAAAUUGCCCCAUUUGACUGGAAAGGUUCGCUUUAAGGAGAAAAGCAUGAUGAAAGGCUUGUUAGCCUCAGGUUGAAGCUGGAGUUACUUAAAUCUGUACAUAUUAAUCACAUGGUAACAUGUGUCUGGCCUUUUGAGUAGUGUUCCAGGCCAUUUUCCCUACAUGAACAUGUGAUAAUUACAAUAGGGAACUUGAUGCAACUUUCAGGUGAGUGAGCAAAAUGUAAGCCUUUAUGUCAUAUUACCUAAGUUUUAGUUGCAGUCUUUCCCCUUUUAGAACUUAAUCUCCUUACCCAAGUGAAAUUAAUGUUCAAAACCCUCUCAAAGGAAUGUAUAAAGUUUGGUUUUUGGUUUUGCAUCUCAAAGAACAUUAGGAGACAGCUAAGCUAGUUGGCAUAGUUUCACUACUUAGGGCAAUUGCAUGUGGUUUUGGAAGAUCUUCCAUUUUCGCCAUGAGUUGAUGUUUAAUUUUGUUUGUUUGCUGGCUUGAGGCAUUUUGGCAGUUCCAACUCCAGCAAUAAGUUGUAGAACUGUGGAAAUGUUAUAUAAUGAUUAUACUGUAGAGGUAACUGCCACAUUGCUGGAGUUCUAAAACUUAAGGCUUAGAACUGGUGCUUUAUAAAUGUAUCUCGCCAUGUUUAUGAGGGUUGGGAGAUGCAAGGCUGUAAUGGAGAUUAAUUUGAAUGACUGUAAAUGUAAAAAUACAUUGAUUCUGCAACUUAAUGCUCUCCUCCCCGUAUUUGCAGAGCUGCAUUUUGGGAUGCUAAGGGUAACUCAGCAGAUUUCAAGCAUAGAUGGGAAUAGUAGAUUUUACAGUUUUUUUUUCCACUGGCUUUCGAUUUGCUGUAUCACAACUCUUAAUAUAGCUAAUGAAUGAUGGAUAUCAAGCAUUUAAAGCAUCAAGCAUCUCAACAGCUAAAUAACUUGGGUAGUUCAAGAGAGCUGAUCUUUAGUCUAGGUUAAGCACCUCUUUUAUGAAAGACAACUUCAGAGGUAUACUGGGUGUUUUAUAUGGAGCAACAGUGGGCUGUAAUCGAGAGGCUAAACUUGUCUAUUUGGGGAAAGUUUUUAUUAAUGAAUUAUUUGUAUUUAUUUCAAAAAUAUAUAAAUUUGUAACUUUGCA